AUGCAUUUCCCCCGCGUUAUUUCUCGUGCUUUUAGUGGAACUAAAAAGAACCACCGGAGCCAUCACUCUUUGCUUUGUCACCUGAUAACAUUGUACCCUCAGAGAGAAACUUUAACGGGAAAUCUCUUUCUCUCUCUCUCUCUCUCUCUGCAAUCGUUUCUGUCCACCAAGAAAUCUUUGCGUCCGCACUUCUCUAUUGAGAAACCUUUGCAACCGCCCUUCUCUAUCGAGAAAUCUUUGCGACCGCCCCACUCUACUGAGAAACCUUUGCGACUGCCCUUCUCUAUCGAGAAACCUUUGCGGCCGCGCCUCUCUAUCAAGAAACUUUUGCAACCGACCAUCUCUAUCGAGAAAUAUUUGCAACCAUCCCUGUCUAUCGAGAAACCUUUGCGGCCAACCCUGUCUAUUGAGAAAAUUUUGCGACCACCCUUGUCUAUUGGGAAACCUAUUACUUUUAUCUAUCAAGAGGUUAAUAUUCCUGUUUGUCCAUACAUUUAUCUAGAAAUAUUCAUGUCGAUUUAUUCGUAUCUAAAUCUUUCUUUGUCCUUCCUAUCUCGUCUGUCUUUUACCAUGGCCGAGGGACAGUAA